CUCUCUUUGAAAACAAGAUGGCGGACGUGAACAUGCCCUAUUGCCGUUUCUUCACUGAACCAGAGAACUGCCUGAUUUUCUUUGAGAUUUUUUCCCAUAUUUUAUGAUCUCUGGAGGCACUAUGGACACCGAUUAUUUCCAACACAAAGAGAUUUUCUUUGCUUCUUUAAUAUACUCUAAAAAAAGGCUGCAUUAUUUGGAGAAUGAAUUUAUUGUCCGUGAUGAUGACGUCUUCCUUGUCUCGUAUCCCAAGUCAGGAACCACAUGGAUGAUGGAAAUUUUAAGCCUGAUACAUACAAGCGGUGAUUUUACAUGGUGUCGUGAGGUCCCCAAUUUCAUAAGAAUCCCAUGGCUUGAUGUCAGUGGGACUGGGGAAAAAUUGGUUGAUGAAUGUGAAUCCCCACGUUUUCUUGCAUCUCAUUUACCUAUACAGUGUUUUCCAAAGUCUUUAUUUUCUUCAAAAGCAAAGAUCAUUUAUACAGCUCGAAGCCCAAAAGACGUACUAGUGUCUUUAUAUCAUUUUGCUUACAUGUCGUAUGUUGUUAAAAAACCUAAUAGCUUUGAUGAAUUCAUGGAGGACUUCUUGCAGGGCAGAGUGCCAUUUGGUUCCUGGUUUGAUCACAUAAAAGGCUGGAUGCAGAUGAAAGACAACAAAAACUUCUUGCUUGUUACAUAUGAAGACCUUAUUGAGGACCACAGAGGAACUAUAAAGAAGAUUUGUACAUUCCUUGAAAAAGAACUAGAAGAACAAGUAAUUGACUUAGUUGUCAAGAAUUCAAGCUUCAACAGCAUGAAAAACAACAACAUGUCCAACAACAGCCUUGUUCCAGAUUACAUCAUAGAUACAAAAAACAACCAUUUUAUGAGAAAAGGAAUUACUGGUGAUUGGAAAAACCAUUUCACUCAGAAACAGAUGGAACAUAUGAAUGUAAUUUACCGGGAGAAAAUGAAAGAUCUUGAUGUUAAAUUCAGCUGGGAUGAAUGUCUAUGACCUGGUGGGAAUUGCAAAUACUUCUUAAAAUUGAAAAAAAUCUUAAUUAAAUAAAAAAAAA